CUUUAGAUCUAUAAUACUAACAUUAAUCAAAUACGCUGCUAUAAUUGGACACUAUAUAUAUAUAUUUCUCUCUCUCUUGAGCUUUUGAAUCUCUAAUAAUACACAAACUCUUCAACGACAAGUAAUAAAUUCUGGUUGAUCUGAUUGGUUGCUUGCUGGAGAUUUUACUAGUUUGGUUUGGAAUUUAACUCACCUGCAGAGUUACUCAAGCUUGAUUGGGGAAUUGGAAUUUAUCAAAAUCUAGUUUAGUUGUGUGGAUUCUUGAUUCGUUAAGUAACGAUUUUAAUUCUGGUUGCACCCAGCUUGAGUUCAUUUUUAGGCGUGGUCUUUUUUUUAUCGGUGAGAGUAAAUUAUUUUUUGGCGUGAUCUCACGGUGAAAGAUCUUUUAGGAGGUUUGUCUUCGAUGCGUGUAGGAGUUGUGUGGAUUCAUGGUAACAUCUGUCGGAGUUUAUAUGUUAUGAUAGGUUAUGGUUUUCGCAGUUCUUGGAGAUUUGAGUUGAUGCCGGUUAUUCAGUGAUUUUUGAGUUUUAUAAACAUUUUGGACAUGAGAAGCUCUUGGUGGAGUAAACUAUCUGUCAGUUUUGGCCCUAGACCGCCACUAAGUUGGUUGCUGUUGUGUUUUAUUUGUGUGCUUGCGGUAAUCGCGAUUUUAGGAUCCACUUCUUCGAGUGCGUUUGAUUCUGUGACUAAUACUCCGGUACCUGAUAUUUAUUCAAAUUAUAGAAGGUUAAAGGAACAAGCUGCGGUUGAUUAUUUGGAACUUAGAACUUUCUCGCUAGGAGCUAGUCGGCAAAAAGAGCUCGGAUUAUGUGGCAAAGAAAUCGAACAUUAUGUGCCUUGCUACAAUGUUUCAGCAAAUUUAUUAUCUGGGUUUAAAGAUGGGGAGGAGUUUGAUCGGCAUUGCGAAAUGUCUAGACCAAGAUACAGGUGUUUGGUUCGUCCUCCAAAGGACUACAAAAUCCCCUUAAGGUGGCCUGCUGGUAGGGAUGUGAUAUGGAGCGCAAAUGUGAAGCUUACUAAAGAUCAGUUCCUUUCAUCUGGAAGCAUGACCAAAAGGCUGAUGUUACUGGAAGAAAAUCAAAUUGCUUUUCACUCAGAAGAUGGGUUGAUAUUUGACGGUGUCAAAGAUUAUUCUCGCCAGAUUGCAGAGAUGAUAGGGUUAGGAAGCGACUCGGAAUUCAUUCAAGCUGGUGUCCGAACAGUACUGGAUAUUGGCUGUGGCUUUGGUAGCUUUGGAGCUCAUUUAGUGUCGCUAAAAUUAAUGCCUGUUUGUAUAGCAGCAUAUGAAGCAACUGGUAGCCAAGUUCAACUAGCCCUUGAGAGAGGUCUUCCGGCAAUGAUCGGCAAUUUCAUUUCACGGCAGCUUCCUUAUCCAUCCUUGUCAUUUGACAUGAUUCAUUGUGCUCAAUGUGGUAUUAUUUGGGAUGAAAAAGAUGGUAUGUUCCUUAUUGAAGUUGAUCGGUUACUCAAGCCUGGAGGUUAUUUUGUUUUAACUUCACCAAUGAGCAAGCCACAUGGAAGCUCAUUGAAUAUGAAGAAGAGAAGUGCAGUAACGCUUAUAGAAGAAUUAACUGAAAAAAUAUGUUGGAGUCUUUUAGCUCAGCAGGAUGAGACUUUUAUCUGGCAGAAAACUGUAGAUAUCCAUUGCUAUAAAUCUCGUAAGCAGGACAAUCCAGCACUAUGCAAUGAGGGCCAUGAUAAUCCACCAUAUUAUCAACCUCUCGCCUCAUGUAUUAGCGGGACCACCAGCAAACGCUGGAUUUCCAUUCAGAACAAGUCCUCAAGUUUACAUUUGAGCCCAGCUGAGCUUCAAGUUCAUGGUGUGCAGCCUGAAGAUUUCUCUGAAGACUUGCAGAUAUGGGGAUCAGCUUUAAGAAAUUAUUGGUCUUUGCUUACACCUUUAAUUUUCUCUGACCAUCCUAAGAGGCCAGGAGAUGAAGAUCCAUUGCCCCCUUAUAACAUGAUACGUAAUGUGAUGGACAUGAAUGCUCAUUAUGGGGGUUUAAAUGCAGCAUUUUUGGAGGAAAGGAAAUCAGUGUGGUUAAUGAAUGUUAUACCUGUUUGGGCUCGUAAUACACUUCCUCUCAUACUUGAUCGCGGUCUCGCCGGUGUUUUGCAUGAUUGGUGUGAGCCCUUCCCCACAUACCCUCGAACCUAUGAUAUGCUUCAUGCAAGUGGACUUCUGUCACAUCUCAGUUCAGAGAGGUGCAGCAUGAUGGACUUGCUAUUGGAGAUGGAUCGAAUGCUACGGCCUGAGGGAUGGGUUGUUCUUUCUGAUAAAUUGGGAGCUAUCGAGAUGGCAAGGGCACUUGCUUCACAGAUACACUGGGAAGCAAGGGUAAUUGACUUGCAAAAUGGUAGUGAUCAACGGCUACUUGUUUGCCAGAAACCUUUUAUGAAAAAAUGACUGAUUACUACCGGGUUUUUCACCACCAUGGAAGAAUAGGACCGUUUAACUCUGGACACGAAUCAUUCUGAUAGCAUCACCAUGUGACUUGCGAGCGCGACUAAAACCCAGAGAAAGCAAAUCUGUAGAGUAAAAAAGGGGAGGCUGGCUGCAGAAGUAGCCCGGCGGCGUGCAAUUUUUGUUAAAAGCACUUGUAGUAAUUCAUUCAUCAAUUUUUUUGUCAAAAUUCUUUGGGUGUUAAAUUUUUUCUUUAUUAUAUCAGACACAAUGUAUUUGUACUGGACAGUUGCUGUUUUGGAGGGCGAACUGAGUGCCCACCAAAUGAUAGUUAUACAUUAUAGUCUAUGUACUGGACGAUUACUGUUCUUUCCCUUUUGGCUGGGCGAAAAGGCUCAAGCCGUUUUUGUCA